UUUUUAAACUUUUUCGCAGGGACACCAAUUCUCCGGAAUUUGAAUAAAAUGAAAAGCGUUUUCUAAGCUAAAUUUUAAUUUUAAGAAAAUUCUUACACAAAAAAGCAAUGGAAUUUGACGAUUUUGGAGAUUUAUUUGGAGAUGAAGUGCUCGAAAUGGAAGAAAAAGACGUUGAGAAAGAUGAAAUUGAACAAGAAAAAAGUACUCAAAAAGCAAAGGAUUUGGAAAAUGUGGCAAUCCCGGAGAAUUGGGGUCCCUGCGGAAAAAAUCUUAAAAAUAAGAAAAAGGGUUUUUCUAGGGUAAAAAAAUAUGCUGAAUACGAAUCCGAGCUCAGAUUUUGA